AUGGGGAUCGCAUUUGGGCAAAAUCUUCGGGCACAAUCUGCGCCUAUGUUACAACAACCCCUGAUAGAUCCCGUUGCUUUGGCGCUGGGGCCCGUAAAAGUGCAUUGGUAUGGCCUGACUUAUUUGCUGGCCUUUACGCUGUUUUACCUAUUGGCGCUCAGGCGUUUGAGGCAUCAGCCUUAUCCCCGCCUACUGGGGGCCAAUGGGCAGGCGGUAUGGACGCGUCAAACGAUAGAGGAUUUACUGUUUUACGGUAUGUUGGGCGUGAUUUUAGGUGGGCGUUUUGGCUAUUGCUUAUUCUAUAAGCCCUUGUAUUAUUUGCAUCAUCCGCUAGAGAUAUUGAUGGCCUGGCAGGGGGGCAUGAGCUUUCAUGGAGGGAUGCUGGGGGUUUUGUUUGCCAUGUACUUGUUCGCGCGCAAACAGGGGCGCAGUUUUUGGGAAGUCACGGACUUUAUCGCCCCUUGUGUGCCUACGGGCCUGGCGGCUGGGCGUAUAGGAAACUUUAUCAAUGGGGAGCUGUGGGGGCGAGUGGCUGACCCCAGUUUGCCUUGGGCCAUGGUGUUUCGCGAUCCCGCAGCCGGUGGCCUGCCGCGCCAUCCUUCAUCCAUGUACCAAUUUUUGGGUGAGGGCCUGUUGCUAUUCGUGUUGCUGUGGUGGUAUGCAGCAGCGCGCGAACGUAAGCUCGGUGAGGUUUCAGCUCUGUUUUUGGUCGGCUAUGGUCUUAUGCGUUUUGUCGCAGAAUACUUUCGUCAACCGGAUGCGCAUCUGGGCUUUCUGACCCUGGGUUUAAGUAUGGGGCAGUGGUUGUGCGUGCCCAUGAUUGUUUUGGGCUUGAUAUUU